AUGGCAUCGUCACCGCUGAAGGGUGCCGACGCGUUUAUAGUGCAGCGGCGGCCGGUGCUGCGUGCCAUAACAUACGCGACAAUAGGUCUCAUGUCGCUUGUAAACCUGGCAAUGCUUGGAAGCAGCUGGACCAAUGCGGACUUUAUGCGCAGAAACGGCAGCUUCGUGGGGGCGUUCAACACCGCGUCAACAAUAGUUACAAUGGUAAUCAGCGCCAUGUUCACUGUAGCGACAAUAGUACAAAAGCACGCCUUGGCGAGAGACGAGCCGAUUCCAAAGUUUUGCAAAAGACUGAUGCACGACCGCACGGAAAAGAUUGUCAGCUGUUUGAUGGCCGCCUGGUGGCUGGCCAUGGCCUUUGCACUUUCUAAUAUGGCCUAUGUUUAUCGCGAAGAUAUCCGAAGAUGCAUGCAGGGCCGAUCGCCCAAACAGCAAAUGGGCGUCGAGGUUGACAAAACAGCAAUUGCUGCGGCAGCCACGGCGUGCACGCUUACGCUUAACUGGUGCACCUGGCUGAUGUGGAUGCAGUCGUUCAAGAACAUUGGCAUGCCAGUGCCAAUCAAUCCGGCCACCUUUAGCCCACAUUACCCUGAAGGCCUUGGUCCAUAUCAUACUAUGCAUGACCUUCAAUUUGAAGAUUCCGCUGCCAACGGCUUACCAUGUACCUUUCAGAACAACCAAAAUGCUCAGUUUGCGACGUUUUAUCGGCAGAACCAGGAUACUAAUACAGGAUUUUGCCGGGAAAUGUCUGUGGUCGCGACGCAAAACAUGGCAAACAGCAAUGCCAACAAGGAUGUCUGCUGCCAAAACUUGGCUGUGGGCACUGCAACUCUGACUACUGAGCCAUCCCAACUCACAAUAUGACAACUUGAUAGUUUUUUGCUUCUGACGAGCCUUUAAUGCUCAUCAGAAGCAGUCGAAAAUACGUCAUGCUUGCUCUCCAUAGAAUACAAUAUUUGCUUUUCUGCCACAUGUUCUGAUCUCAAUUC